GCUGCUCGGGCGCGGCGAUGGCGGCGGGCGGGGAGCGGAGCAGCACGCGGGACAGGCUGCUGGCGGCGCUGGAGGAUCUGGAGCUGCUGGCCAGGGAACUGAUUGAAAUUUUGGCAAUUUCAAGAAACCAGAAACUCCCACAACCAGGAGAGGAGAGCCAGAUCCUGGAGUUGCUGAUUCAGAGAGAUGGAGAGUUUCAGGAAUUAAUGAAACUGGCACUUGAUCAGGGGAAAAUUCAUCAUGAAAUGCAGCUAUUAGAAAAAGUAGUCGAAAAGAGGGACAGUGAUAUUCAGCAGCUACAAAAACAACUGAAAGAAGCAGAGCAUAUACUGGCAACAGCUGUUUAUCAAGCAAAGGAAAAACUAAAAUCAAUAGAAAAAGCAAGAAAGGGUGAGUAUCAAUAGUUUAUUACAAUAUUCUGAGGCUUUGAAAACUAUAUAGCUUUAAAUA